UUUUUCUUCUUUGCUUCCUUCGCGGUGAGACAGGCUUACUGCCCACAUUUGGUUAUUUCGUAGCAAAAACUUUAAGAAACGGGAUUCAGAAAAAAAUUAUUCCUGAUAUAAUAAUGAUGAAGACAUCAGAGGAGGACCUGUAGGAGGAGAAAACCUGACAGCUAAAGGAGGUCGAGCCGUUAAAGCGUGGAUAUGGGGUUGAGCUGUUAAAAAACAGCGCACCCUCCAAAGUUGACUGACUCGUUGUUGAAGAUAGGAUUCCGCCCACAAGAAAGAUGGCGGCUCCCUUGCUGGAGAAACUGUCGGAGUCUUUAGGUUCACCGGAGACAGCGAUUCGCCUCAUCUUAUCGGUUUUAAUCGGGUAUCCCUUCGCCCUGGUGUAUCGUUGGUUCCUUUUCUACCAGCCCGCCACAGUUAUCCACUUAUUCCACAUUUGUUCCGGCUUGGCGCUAGCAGCAUUCAACUUUGCAGGCUCCCAGCUGUAUCACUCCGCACUAUGCAUCUUCGUCCAGUUUCUGAUGCUGAGGCUCAUGGGGAGGACGGUAACAGGCGUCCUGAGCAGUUUUACAUUUCAAAUGCUGUACCUGAUGGCAGGAUACUACUACACAGCAACAGAGGAGUAUGACAUCAAGUGGACGAUGCCUCAUUGCGUCCUUACACUGAAACUCAUCGGUCUGGCAUUUGAUUUCUACGAUGGUGGCAAAGAACCAUCACAGCUGAGCGCUGAUCAGGUGAAAGCCGCUCUGCCGUCAGUGCCCACGCUGCUCGAGGUCUUCGGGUUUUCCUACUUCUACGGAGGGUUUCUGGUGGGUCCCCAGUUCACAAUGCGCAGCUACCAGAAGCUGGUAUCGAGGGAACUCACCGACUGCCCUGGAAAGCCUCCCAACAGUGUUGUUCCAGCUCUGAAGAGGUUUGCUCUGGGCUUUCUCUGCCUAUCGAUACAUGCAAUAUUUAGUCCUUAUUUUCCAGACACCUACCUUUUGACAGAUGAGUACGAGGCUCAGCCUUUCUGGUAUCGCUGUGUUUUUAUUCUGCUUUGGGGCAAAUUUAUGCUGUAUAAAUACGUCAGCUGUUGGGUUAUAGCGGAGGGUGUUUGUAUAUUAGCUGGUCUUGGCUACAACGGCGUAGUCAAUGGUAAACAUCAAUGGGACGCCUGUGCCAAUAUGAAGGUGUGGCUCUUUGAGACGACGCCCCUCUUUGGAGGAACAAUUGCGUCUUUCAACAUCAACACAAACGCCUGGGCUGCGAGACAUGUGUUCAAGCGGUUGAAGUUCCUGGGAAAUAAAACCUUGUCUCAUGUGGCCACGCUGUUCUUCUUAACCAUUUGGCACGGCCUUCACUCUGGAUACAUCCUGUGCUUCUCCAUGGAGUUUUUCAUCAUCACUGUAGAGCGGCAGGCCCAGGCUCUAGUGCUGGACAGUCCCCUGCUGACCAACCUGGCCAACAGCCACUUCUACCCCCUCAUCUAUGUAGUUCAGCAGUUUAUCCACUGGCUCUUCAUGGGGUAUCCUCUGGUGCCAUUCUGCCUUUUCACCUAUGACAAAUGGCUCAAGGUGUAUUCUUCCAUCUACUUCUGUGGUCACCUGUUCUUCCUCGUGGCUUAUUUAAUUCUGCCAUUCCUCCGUAUAACUCUGGUGCCUAGGAAGGACCAGAGAGAGAAGAAACGAGACUGAAACCCGGUUCUGACACCUGGGAAGGUCCGUUCAAGGCUGAAAUUCCUCGACCCUGGAAGGGAACUGUGGCGUUCGGGGAGCAGAACACAGACUAUUUUAAGGCCUUUAAUAAUAUAUAAAUAUGAAUAUAUGUUGAUGUAAAAAUAAAUUUCUAUAUAUUUUUGUGUUUAUAAGUGGGAGGAGUGGUUUUUAUAAACAUUUUGAGAAAAUGUUUACAGGAAAUUACCAUUGUGUCACAUGGGGUAAUUGUGAACCAAUCAGGGGCAGUUUCCUGCUUGUUUAUUGUUAUCACUUUCUUUUUUCUUUUCUUUUGUGGAAAUUUUUAAGACUUGUGGAACUGAAGAGACUUUUCAUGCUGUCGACACAGGAUUGCACUUAUGAGUCACAGGUUCUGUUUUUAGGCUCCUGUGCUUUUGUUGUUUCGUCGCCCCGUGUCUGGCGCUCGCAUUCAGCAGCAGCACUAAAACCAAACAGAAGGUUUAAGCACAGUGCCACCGUUUAUAUAUGAAUAUAAAUAUAUGUAUAACAUAACACUUCCUGAUGUCAUGACACGACAUGCACACGUUUCUGCAGAAAGGCUGAGGCGAUGAUGGGCUUGUUUUCUCUGCAAAUGGCUGCUAGUGGUUAUACAAGCACUGUAAAAUCACACAAUGUACAACUAAAACCCGACUCUAAAUGGCCUUGAUUCAAUGAAUGUUUGUUCUGGAUUUAAUUUGAUUCGUAAUUAAAAAAUUACAGGAGGUUUAUACACACACACACAUACACACACACAUAUAUAUAUAUAUAUAUAUAUAUAUAUAUAUAUAUAUAUAUAUAUAUAUAUAUAUAUAUAUAUAUAUUAUAAAGGUUUGAUGAACAUUAACUUUUUGUAGUUUUUUUUUCUAUAAGACGCAUCAUUUUCCUGCCUUUCAGCUCAACCUCACUUUUAAAUGCACAAAUGUGAAAGUGGUGCUGGUCCCUCUGUCCACUCCGAUCUGUGUGAUUAGGGGCCAUGCGCUGUGUGUACUUUUUUAUUUUAACAUUAUUAAAUACGCAGUGGCUAUGCUUUCCACUGCAGUCUGCCCCGGUGUUUCUAACAGCAGGUUGUAAUUAAUCCGAGUGAAAGACCGGAACCCAAAUGCCUCGUUGUAAUGUGUACAUUUCUGAGUAAGGGUGAAGUUUGCUGCUGCUGCCGCCGCCGUCCUUUCACAAACUCGAGGACAAACCUCACUGUAGCAACGGCCCAGAUUCCAGUAAUAUUUAUACAUAACAUGCUGAUUAUUAAUUGAUGACUUGCUAUUUCAAGAGGCUUGGUUUUUUUUUUUUGCCUUAUCUGAAGCAAAUGUACAAAAAAACGUCGGGUAGAUGUGAUUUGAAAUAUACUUUUGUAAUGUUUAAUAAAAUGCUGCAUUUUAA